AGAUGGCGCCGGUAUCGACAGCAGUGUACUACUUGAACAAAACAACGCUGUUAUAAUAAAAAUGUAAAUAAAAUACGCGUUGUAUUACACAUUUUAAAACUCGGUUCGAUCGAUAUUCUUCAUAUCCAGUUGUGUGCAAUGGCGGGCGUCAUGGAAACGGAGGAGCAGGCGAGGAAUCGUUUCCAGUCGGAACUGGAGUUUGUUCAGUGUCUGGCUAACCCGAAUUAUCUGAACUUUUUGGCUCAAAGAGGCUACCUGCGCGAAAAACAUUUUGUAAAUUACCUGAAGUAUUUGCUUUACUGGAAAGAACCAGAAUAUGCCAAAUUCCUCAAAUAUCCUCAUUGCCUGCACAUGUUGGAGCUGUUACAGUACGAGCAUUUCCGGAAGGAGCUGGUGAACGCCCAGUGUGCCAAAUUCAUAGACGAGCAGCAGAUCCUGCACUGGCAACAUUACUCACGCAAGCGCACGCGUCUUCAGCAGGCCCUUGCCGAGCAGCAACAGCAGCAGCAGCAGCAGACGGCGCCACACGGCAAUAACACUGCCACAAAAUGAAGCCCGAGUUGAUACACACCAGCUAGUGAGGCGUACAGCAUGUGCACGAUACCUCAAGUCACAGUAUCAAGAAACGAGUGUAAAUAUUGUACAAUCCCCCCUGUGUGGUAACACUGAAAGUUGGACUGUUGAGUUUUGUGAUUAGGAAUAUCAGACUGGAACACACUGACAAUUUCAUCCAUUUAGUUUUCUUUCAAUGAAAAGUUAACAAUGUAAUGUAUAAGCGUUUAACUUUUCUCAUUGUCAUCGCGACGUCAUGGGAUUACAGUGUUCCAGCGUGAUACUCUUAAUCACAAACCUCAGAGUAAUCCAGUGACAUCAUGAUGACGAUGAGAAGUUAGACGCUGAUACAUGUUGAGUUUCCGUUGAAUUAAUUAUUUUCUAACCCCACUGUGGUCACGAAUGAAUAUUUCAUCAGUGCCAGAAAGUCUGAUGACAUGACACCAAAUUCUGGUGAAGCUUCUUUCUUUUUUUGUUUUUUCCUCCCUUUUUUUUUUUUUUUUUUACUUCAAUUAAGAUCAGCUCAGAUAUUAUCACUCGAGUCACUUCUUUAAUCGUCUAAUGUCAAGUUUAUAACUGAUGUCAGAUUUGGUAAUGGACAUGAAAGUGUAGGUGUCAUUAUUUCUGUUUGUUUA